ACUGGUUCCUGAUCCACUUGAAAUACUGCAGACGAGCCGGGUAUAAACAUUGUUUUGAAAACAUGGCGCUGACACUGACAGAAGAUUUGAUCAGAAAUCGAGUCGGUUUGGAACAUGAUAACCUAGAGGAUGUGAAAUCUCUGGCAUUACCGGGGACGUACCAUGAGAAAGUGGUCAGUCUGGGGACAUCACUGCGCAAGUUCAGUCGUCUCAAGCACAUUGACCUCUCCCGUAACAACGUCUCUGCCCUACAGGGACUCGAACAUCUCAAACUGCUGGAAAAACUGAACCUUUAUUACAACAACAUUGAGAGUCUGGAUGAGCUUAAGAGGUUGAAGCACAACCCAAACUUGAAGGAGCUUGACCUUAGGUUAAAUCCGGUGACCCGUACGGAGACCGACUAUAGGCUAUACCUAAUACACAUGCUGCCUAAUCUCCAGAAACUAGAUGACCGGAGUGUUCGUGACCGGGAGAGACAGGGUGCCCUGAUCCACUUCAGUAGCAGCCAGGCGACAGAGAUGACUGUUCACCCCCGAAGGGAGGAGCCCCCCUCUAGACCACCAAACCCUCGCGCUGAACAUGUGAAAAACUUGGGCAACGGCAGAGUGUUGGAUGAUGAUGAUGUAGAGAUACUGGACCUGAUAGCCCGUACGGGCGGAGACCUGAGCCGCCCACGACCCCUGACAGGCUCCGACACUAACCAACCCGAUAUGGAGGACUACUCUCUACAUGGAUUGAAGAAGCUUGCUCGGCAGCCAGAGGAUGGGCCAGAGAGAAAGUCAGCUCCGAAGCCAGGACCAUCUCCAUCGGUCAAUGACGAAGUGGAUGAGGUUCUAGCAGCAUACAAGAGGAAGUACCCGAACAUUCCGGAUGUGAAGGUUACUGAUGAAGAUGAGAGGCCCCGACAGUCCCGACGACAGGACCCAAACCUUGAGUUUGCUGAUGAAGCAGAUGCUUACAACAAGUUUAAGAGCCAUGGCUACUUCACACCUAACCCAACUGGUGAGGGUGAGGACUCUGUGUCUAACCUAGCCGAGGCAGAGCGGGAGGGGGUGUACCCUGCCCCACCAACCCGGGUCCAACUGGAGCGUACUGUGGGGCCUGCGUACCCCGAGGAGGACCUGGACACAAACCCUGCCCCCAACAGGAGGUCAUACAGUGUACCACCAGAGAGGCUGAAUUAUGGAGAUGACAGUGAGGGACCUGUGGUUGAGCGAACACGAGACCUGUCCAGUGAGAGACCCAAGGCCCGGACUGCUGAGGAUGCAGCCCCAACCCGGGGACGCCAGCCCGGCCGUGUGGAGAACCCAGAAUCACGUCUCUUCCUCUUCCAAAUACUAGACCUUGUUGACCGAUACUGGAAUGGAUCUAAGUCUCUCCAUAAAAACAACAAGUUUAAAACCCUGGCAUAUGGAGCAAUAGAUGACUACCUGAAGACCCUGGUGGACGACUCAAAGCGUGUCGAGAUCCAGCAGCUGCGGGCUGAGCUGGGUCAGAUACGGAAGGAGAAUGGGCGACUACGGCGGAACGAGGACCUCACAAAAUCAAGUCUAGAGGACACCGCUGCCACCGAAGCUCACCUGAAGGCUUCUCUACAGAAGGCCUUUACUGAUGUGGAGAUGUUGAAGGACAAGCUGCAGACAUGUGCCAUGGAUAACAAGAGGCUCCAGCAGAAACUGCAGCAGCACGAGUCCUUCAGUAACUCACAGUCUGUCUCCCAGCCUCACCUUGAUAAUUUACAGGCACAGAAUGAGCAGUUGAAGCGCGAGAUUGAGAGGCAGGCCAUUCAGCUGAAGCAACUGAAGCAGCUUCAAGAGCUCUCCCACAUGCUUCAGGAGUCCCACAAAUCCCUGGUGCAGACCAAUGACCACCUGUUGAAGGACUUAGAUGAGACCCGGGAGCGACACCAACACGAGGUCACCCAGCUCAACUGGAGCUAUAACCAGCUGAAGAAGACCGUAGGAGGAGCCAGUCUUCAUGAGGGGUCCAGCCAGCCCCCACGUGGUGGCGUGGCAAACAAGGGGGAGGGGAACGCCUCCGUUGUCAUGUAUGACAGUGAUAUUUAGUGGGGUCGGUCAGGUGUUGGUUGUAAUGUGUGGGGAAGGGAGGACAUGAGGAAAUAUGGUGGUAUUAAGCUUUAAGUUUUGUCUCAAAUACAAGUUUUAAACUUUUGUGUACUCAGAAAAGUAAUAUCUUGAAAAUUGCCUAAUAAUUGCAUUUAUUACAUAUCAUGACUUAAGUAUAUAAUUGUCUGAUUUUGUGAAGUUAAGUGUCUGACCCAAAGGGCUGUUGUUUGAUGGUUUUGGGAACAAAGAAAAAUGCGUUUGUGAUACAAUUUUUGAAAACUUCAGAUAUGAUUUCUAUUGUGUUUGUGGCUGUUUUUUUACUGGUGCUGGUCAAAAGAUGGGUAUAACUAACAACCAUGAUAUUAAUGUCAGUAAUCAUUAAAACCAUGUUUUAAACUGUUUGUUUACUAAUCAAAGCUGUGUCUGUGAUUUAGUUCAUUGUAUUCACAUAAUAUGCAGAGAUUCAUUAUUUCUCUGUCAAGAUGACUUCUAUAUUAUUUAGUCAAAACAAAUGUGCUUAUUUAAGAAGGUAUUGGAUGGCCUGGCAUCCUUUCUCAGUGUCUUUAUUUUGUGAUCUGAAGACUUGUACGUACCCAAGUUAUAAACAUAACAUUCUUAGGCCAUCCUUAAAAUGUAAUUGUUUGUUUUCAAUGGUAGGUUCUUAUAACCUCGGGGGUAAGCAAAAGUAUAUUGUUCUCUUGUUUGUAAACAUCAAGUCAUCACUCUGUAAUAUAAUUCCCAAACUACUGACCCACUGAAAAGGUCAAGGUCUAGCCACUGCAAACCAAACACUUUUAAGGCUGGCCUGAGGAUUUGUGAUUUUCUUGUCUCAGAAUAAUAAAGUUACGAUUGUAAACAAUUGUGUGGGUAUUAUUUGUGAAUGGAGGCUUACUGUAGUAGUUUUCUUCAGUAAUAAAAUGUAUCUAAUUAUUGUCAACAAAUUAAAUGUUGAAUAUUUAUUUGAUGCCAUAUUUAUCAGUAUUCACCCUUUUGUGGAUUCCUUCACCUAGGUAACAAUUCCCUAAAUAUACGUUUGAAAAACUCCACAAUAUACUGUUUGAAAUCGAUAGUUCACCAUAUACUCGUAUAUAAAUAUACAUGUAAUCAUGCAUGCCUGUAGCAUUAAUGCAUUUAUGUAUACAGAUUGAAGUGCAAUUUCAUUUACUAAUACAUUCAUAUUGUAUGAAAAUCUAAAUUCAUAUUUUCACAGAAUACACAUACAUGUUCUUUUAUCCUAUAACUAGUUUGCAUCAUGUUAUUUUUCAUGUUAUGUAUGAUUCACUUUAUCACUGACAUAUAAACCAUGGAUUGGAAAUGCCUGAUAUUAUGCGGUGAAACAAUAUGAAGAAAUCAUUUCCCCACACUACUUCGGGCACGGUCAGCAAGUAUCGGGGGAAACUCCGCCAGUCCUUCAAUUAGAGACAAUUGGUGAUCACUGUCAGUUCUUUUGAUAAUUGGCAUGGACAAGUAAACUAUUUCUAUGUCAGUGUAAUAAGCAAUUAUAAAGUUUGUAUUUUUAAUGUUAUGGACUUAUUUAAAUGGAUAUAAAUUAGGAAUUAAGUAAUGUUUGAAUAGGUCAGAUAAUUGAUCACAGAACUUACAUUAUUCUAUGUAAAGUCCUGGCUGAUAAAGAUGAAACUGUCUGAAGAAUUAAUUAACCCACAAUCCUUAGCCGGCACUCUUCAAGUAUUCCAAAUAAUCUAAACACAGAAGAAAGUUUCUAAUCCAUGGUUCAUAUGUGUUUUUAGCACUGUUUUUACUAGUAAAUGUUCGUUAUAAUGAACAACAGAAUUUAUUUCUGUACAAAUUCUACAGGCAGAUAGGGAAAAAAAAUGUUUUUUUGUCCAUUAGGAAAUAAUUCUACAUUACUAUGAUGUAUAUUUGUUGGCAGCUACAUAAAUAAUUUAAUUCUUGUACACAUAUUUUUGUACCAUGAUAAGGAUUUUUUACUUAGUAAAAAAACAAAUGAAGCCCCCAUGUAGCUGCAAUAUGAAUAUAAAAACAAGGUUUUUGCAUACAAGAAUUAAAUUUCAGUUGAUGCUCAUAGUUUGUCAUGUGAGCUAACAGAAACAUUUUAUAAUUCAAGACAUGAUGUAUUUUUGUUGUUGUUUAUUUAUAUAAAUAUUUAUAUGUAUAUAUUAUGUGUAUUAAUCAGUAUUCCGUCCAAUAUGUUUGAAAA